AUGCGAACUUCUCUUCUUGUUACUGUGCUGCCACUUGUUGGCGCUAUGCCUCGAAGUCCUCCUGGAGAGCGUGACACAAAGACUGUUGUUUCAGAAAGGAGUUGGCCAAGUUUUGACGAGCGGAACUCAGUCUGGGGACGGCCAGGUUGGAAAUGGUCAAAUUGGAAAUGGCCAGAUUGGCAUGGGCAAGAUUGGCAUUGGCCACGCCCUGGUCCUGAUAAGCCCGGGAAUGGCAAGCCCGGCAAUGACCAACCCGGUAGCGACGGCGGCGAUGAUUCUUGUGAUCCCGACGACAAUACACCACCAUCACCCCCACAGGAUCCGACUCCCACCAAGCCUGUGCCAACGCCAGGAGUGCCUCCUGUCUCUCCCGCCCCAACCGCUACCCAGGCCCCGCCUGGCGGCAACGGACCUGAUUAUAUGAAAAUCGUCAACAAGUGGAUGGAUGCUUGUGGGUUGCGCCAGCUGCAGUAUGACCCUAAGUUGGAGAGUAAUGCUCUCAAAGCGAGUCAGGAAAGCGAUGGACAGCUUAAGCAUAAGAUGUUCCCGGGGACCAUGGCCCAGGUUAUGGCGCAGGGCGAUCUUAGCUCUUUCGAAAGGGCGUUGGUAGGUGGAUGGCUUUGCGAGACUUCAUGGCGUUUCAAAGACCGCAGCGUCUGCAGCGGCGACCUAGGCAGAGGAUGGAACCAUAUGGGCCAGACUGGACACGCAGAUAUCUUGUCCGACGCGCGAUACACCAAGAUUGGAUGCCAGGCCGACCAGAAUAUUUUGACCUGUGACUGUGCUUAG